CACAGCAUGAUCUAGCCGCCAGGAACAACCGCCGUCCCAGCCCUUCCCAUCGCCCUCCGCCGCCGGCGCCCCCUCCGCGACCUCCCCAUCUUCCUGCUCCGUCUCCCGAGCUGCUCGAGUCGCCCACCGCCGCCGGCCUCCCCAUCCUCGGCCUCCGAUUUCCCCGACCAUCCAUUCCCCUCCACCUCCUCCCGCACAGGAUGACCUAGCCGCCGGGAACAGCCGCCGCCGCGGGGUCACCUGCCGCCACCGCCCUUCCCGUUGCCCUCCGCCUCCGGCGCCUCCGUCCGCGACUUCCCCAUCCUCUGCUUCGUCCCCCGAGCUGCUCGAGUCGCCACCGCCGCCGGCCUCCCCGACCCUGCUCCGCCAGUCUCCCUCCGCUGCCAGCUUCCGUGAUCUCGCUGACCUCCUGCUCCUUCUCUCGGAAGAAGCUGGCAGUUGAGGAGUUCACGGUUAGGGAGCGCUCUCGAACAGCCCCUUAGCUAGGGUUAGGCCUCUCCGCCUUGUUCCUCACUGCUCCCCCUUCCGCAGCUCUCAGGAUCCGCUCGCCCUCGCCAUGGUGAAGGGGCGGAAACGCAAGGCGGACUCAAUCAACAAUCCAUGGAACAAUCGGCCAUACUCCAAGAGAUAUUAUGAGCUAUUUGACAGGCGCCAUACCCUUCCCGUGUGGCAGCAAAAAGAUGAAUUCAUACGCACCCUACUGGACAACCAGAUCAUUAUCCUUGCUGGAGAUGCCGGGAGCGGCAGUACUACCCAGAUCCCACACUUUCUGUUUGAGGCUUUAGGAUUUGGCAACAACACUGUAAUUGCCUACGCCCUGCCAUCCAGAAUUGGGGCCAUGUCAAUCGCUCAAAGAGUCGCGGAGGAAAUGGACGUAAGCAUUGGGCAUGAAGUUGGCUAUAAGACUCGAUUUGAAGCUUCUACCAGUAACAUAACAGCUCUAAAUUGUGGUGCUAUGCUGUGAAGGCUACAAGUAUAAACAUUGGUUAAUGUGAGAAGGUUUCUCACCGAUGAUGUACUUUUUAGAGAGGCGUUGAUGGACCCGCUUUUGACGAAAUACAGUGUGAUUGUUCUGGGUGAGGUUCACAAGUUCAGACUUUCAACGGAUGUUCUUUGCACUGUUCUGAAGAAAGCUCUGGAGGAGCGACCUAAGAUGAAGCUUGUUCUUAUGAGUGCUAUCGAUGAAGAAGCAACUUUUCAAUGCUACUUCCCCAGUGCCAUCAUCAUGAAGUUGCCUGGUCCCAUCUAUCCAGUUACUAUCCAUUACGCUCCAAAAGAGGUUGGGAGUUAUGUAAAAGCUGCUAUUGACAUAUCUCUCCAGAUACAUAGCAAUGAACCUGCAGGAGCUAUUCUGAUAUUUCUCUGUGCACAAGCUGAAGUUGAAUAUGCAUGCUGGAAAAUUAGACAGAAGCUCAAUGCCUCGCGCGAUCUUGUUGGUGCAGUUGAUAUUGUCCCAAUUUACUCUACAAUAUCCUUAGAAAUGCAGCAGAGGCUUUUUCAACCUCCUCCUAUCAUAUGGAAUGUGGAAGCGCCUCCUGGUAGGACGAUCUUUGUGUCUACAGGAAUCGCUGAGGCUUCAUUAACACUAGAUGGUAUAGUUUAUGUCAUAGAUUCUGGGUUUUCUUAUCAGAAGAUUUGUGAUGGAGAUAUGUGGGCAGAAAAACACAUUCUAGCACCAAUUCCAAAGGCAUGUGCCAGUCAGAGAGCAGGUCUUGCUGGAAGAAAACAACCUGGGAGGUGCUACAGGUUGUACACUGAGGAGUGGUUUCAGGAACUGUCGCAGCAGGUGUACCCUUAAAGUUCCAGACGAAACUUGGGAAAUACAGUUCUCAUGUUGAAGAAGCUGCACAUUUCCAGCUUAAAGAAGGGGUUUAUAGAUGCUAUUGCUCCCACAACAGAAUCUCUUGAAGUGGCCUUGAAAGGUUUAAGAUUCUUGGGAGCACUCGAUAAGAAUGAUAACCUCUCAUCUGAUGGCGAGAUUAUGUGUGAGUUUCCCCUAGACGUGCAGAUGACAAGGACGCUUCUGGCUAGUGUAACAUUCAAUUGCUCUAAUGAGAUCAUCUCAAUAUCAGCCAUGCUUUCAGUACCAAGUUGCUUUCUCCGGCCUAUGGAGGCAGUGAAAGCCGCUGAUAACGCGAGGAAGAAAUUAUGUCAUAUGGAUGGCGAUCACCUUACACUUCUAAAUGUGUACAAUGAAUACAUACGCAAUAAUCAAGAUCCUCAGUGGUGUGAAGAAAACUUUGUAAAAUUUGAAGUCAUGAAGUCAGCGCAUAGUAUUAGAGAGCAGCUUGCUGGUACGAUGAGAAGGUUAAACUUAAAACUGUCUAGCCCGGUUGUGGACAGCCGGUUCUACAACAAUAACAUUAAGCUGGCAAUGCUGUCUGGAUAUUUUAUGCAAGUUGCUCAUAGAGAGCAGUCUGGACACUACAGGACGGUUAAGGCUAAUGAGGAACUACGCAUUGAUGUGUUCACUGCACUAAACCGUAAUCCUGAAUGGCUAAUGUACCAUGAAAUACGUGGCAGCAGGAUGUGCAUUGUCACUGAUGUGACGGCAGGAAUGGUGUUUCAAGCUGCUCGUCAGUACUAUGAUCUGAGGAAGUUUCCGCAUUGCCAGUCAAAAGUGUCUAUGGAGAGGGUCCUCCUCAAUUGGCUAACUGAUUCAGAUCCUUCUUUUGCCGGUCUUUAUAAGACUGAACCAGAAGAAUUGCCACGCCUACUUAUGGAUGCCCAAUGGGAGAGAUUGGUGCCGAUUCAAGUAGCCCCACUCGAGGAAGGUCCUGGCUGCCCCAGUGAUUCUUUUCGCUGUGAAACCGUCCCCCAGAUGCUUUGUUGCAGCACCGGAAAAGUUCCUCAAUCUGGCGGUCAACAAACUCUUUCACCAACGUCAGGGCUUGGGCCUGAUGAUCCUCAGAGUUGAAGGUGUCUGAAAAUGUAAGACUGUAGUUUGGUUUCGUGGUAGCUGCACACUGGUGUGGCAGUUUUGCUGACUCUGAUGUGUGUUUGUGGUGUUUUUUCUUUCACUGGCCAUGGAUGCUGUAAGAUAGGAGCUGCGUCUCCAGGCUAUUUUUGCAUGUAAUAGACCUAAGUAGAUGGUUCUGCUACCCAACGUAGCUGUGCAGUGGUAUGGACUACGGAGGUUUUGCCGGAUGCUGUAGAUUCUGCCGUCGGACUGA